AUGUUACGGGAAAGUGUUGCGGCGAAGAGUUGCGGUGAAGAGUUGCAGCAAAGUGUUGCGGUGACAUGUUGCGACAAAAUAUUGCCGCGAAUUGUUGCGGCGAAAUGUUGCGGCGAAGAGUUGAGGCGAAACGUUGCGGCGGAGCGUCAGUACGGGGUGUUGCAGCGACGCUUUGUGACGGGGCGUCGCGACCACGAGACACGUUGUGAUGGAGCGUCGCAUAUUCCGAAGGAGAUUCUCGUGCUGCCUUCUGAGGUCUUUAAGUGUAUCUGUGCCGAGGUCUUUGAUGUAUCUGUGCCUUAUGAGGCUUGUAGCCUUCUGAGGUCUUUGAGUGAAGACCCUGUCGACCGCUUAAAUGAAGCUCGCGUCCUCCUCCGAGUCCUUAUCGUCACCCGCCUCCCUAUUCCCAGCCGUACAGGAUGUUCGGCAGGCGGAGGCCUGGGAAUUCGCCGAGACGCGCCAGGCUGCUGCAGUUGCGGGCCAGGAAGCACACGGUGCGCGCGCCCGGUUUCGGCGGCUGCUCAGGUCAGGGCGGGAAGGGAGAGCGGCGGACAGGAGUCGGUGUGGGUGGAGAGACGAGGGGAGCAUUCGGUACUGUGUCGGUGGUCGGUGGCGCAGUUUCCUCGCGCAAAGGCACGCGCUCUCUGGAGCCGCUACUUUGAGGUCGGGGGCUACGACUGCCGCCUUUUAAUCUACCCAAAAGGGGACUCACAGGCCCUACCAGGCUACUUCUCCGUCUAUCUUCAGAUCGUCGACCCACGAGGUUCCUCCUCUUCCAAAUGGGACUGCUUCGCUAGCUACCGACUCUCUGUCGUCAACCACCAAGACGAUUCUAAAUCCAUCACCCGCGACUCGUGGCAUCGGUUCUCCUCCAAAAAGAAAUCCCAUGGGUGGUGCGACUUCACCCCCUCGUCCGCCAUACUCGACCCUCGAGCGGGGUUCCUUUCUUCCCCAUCUGACUCUCUUCUCAUCACAGCUGAUAUCCUUCUCCUCCACGAGUCCGUCUCCUUCUCCCGAGACAGUGCUGGUUCUGCAUCUCUCGAUUCUCCUUCCUCCUCUUCUUCCUCCUCAUCUGAUGUACUCAGCGGCAAGUUCUCGUGGAAGGUCCACAAUUUCGGUCUCUUCCGUGACAUGAUAAAGACACAGAAGAUAAUGAGCCCCGUUUUCCCUGCCGGUGACUGCAACCUUAGAAUCAGCGUCUACCAGAGCUCUGUAUCCGGUGCAGACCAUCUCUCCAUGUGUUUGGAGAGCAAGGACACGGACAAAACCCUUCUCCCUGACCGCAGUUGCUGGUGCCUUUUUCGGAUGUCCGUGUUGAGCCAACGCCCCGCUGGAACCAACCAUAUUCACCGCGACUCUUACGGCCGCUUUGCGGCUGACAGUAAGUGUGGGGACAAUACCAGCCUUGGCUGGAACGAUUUCAUGAGAAUGUCUGAAUUCUUGGACCAUGAGGCUGGCUAUCUUGUUGAUGAGGCGGCAGUGUUCAGCACCUCCUUCCAUGUCAUCAAAGAGUCGUGUAGCUUCUCCAAGAACCCUGGUUUGAUGCUUGGGGGAAGGGUCUCUGCAAGGAAGUCAGACGGCCAUUUCGGUAAGUUCACCUGGAGGAUUGAGAAUUUUACUCGGUUGAAGGACCUACUAAAGAAGAGGAAGAUCACUGGACUCUGUGUGAAAAGCAGGAGGUUCCAAAUUGGCAACAGGGACUGUCGCCUCAUAGUUUAUCCCAGGGGUCAGUCACAACCGCCAUGCCACCUCUCAGUUUUCCUUGAGGUCACUGACUCUCGGAACACAACCAGUGAUUGGAGUUGCUUUGUGAGUCACCGGCUUUCAGUUGUGAAUCAGAAAAUGGAAGAGAAAUCAUUGACCAAGGAAUCACAAAAUCGCUAUUCCAAGGCAGCAAAGGAUUGGGGCUGGCGUGAAUUUGUUACCUUGACUAGCCUUUUUGAUCAGGAAUCUGGUUUUCUUGUCCAGGACACAGUUGUGUUCUCAGCUGAGGUUCUUAUAUUGAAGGAAACUUCGAUAAUGCAAGAAUACUGUGAUGCGGAGUCCUUGUCAAAUUCUGGAAUGACCUCUUGUACUCAAAUUGAUAACAUUUCAAAAAGGGGUGCAUUCACUUGGAGGGUGGAGAACUUCUUAUCCUUCAAGGAAAUCAUGGAAACUCGGAAGAUCUUCAGUAAAUUCUUUCAAGCUGGUGCUUGUGAGCUGAGAAUAGGUGUCUAUGAAUCUUUUGAUACAAUAUGCAUAUAUUUGGAGAGUGAUCAAUCAGCUGGUAGUGAUCCUGAUAAAAAUUAUUGGGUUCAGUAUAGAGUAUACAUGGCUGUGGUUAACCAGAAGAACCCUGCUAAAACUGUGCAGAAAGAAUCUUCUAUCUCUACCGAAGCAAGGAAUAAUUCUUUCCUCCAGUUUAUGAAGGUGUCGGAUAUGCUCGAAUCUGAUGCAGGCUUUCUUUUGCGUGAAAAGGUGGUAUUCGUAUUUGUUUGUGAAAUCAUAGAUUUCUGCCCUUGGUUUGAGUUUUGUGAUCUAGAGGUUUUAGCUUCUGAGGAUGAUCAGGAUGCAUUGUCAACUGACCCUGACGAACUAAUAGAGUCUGAAGAUAGUGAAGGCAUUAGUGUUGAUGAAGAUGAUUUGUUUAGAAAUUUUCUUUCCCAAGCUGGUUUUCAUCUCACUCACGGGGUUAAUCCAUCUCAGCCUCAGGUAACUCUAAGAGAAAAGCUUCUAAUGGAUGCAGGUGCAAUUGCUGGAUUUCUGACGGGCUUACGCAUUUACCUGGAUGACCCGGCUAAAAUAAAGCGCAUGCUUCUUCCCACUAAACUAUCUGGAAGUGAUGUUAACAAGAAGGAUGUAGAGGCAGGCGAUGCAGACCCUCCUAGUUUAAUGAAUUUGUUGAUGGGGGUCAAAGUCUUACAACAAGCUAUCAUUGAUUUACUUCUAGAUAUAAUGGUUGAGUGUUGCCAACCUUUAGAAGGAAGAAAUGAUUGUGAUUCUGAAGUAAGCCCAAACGUUUGUUCAGAUUCUAAUGGAGCAAGUUCACCAAUCGAGCUCACCGGGGAAAUUGAGGUAACAGAGAAUGCCCAGCGUUAUUUGUACAGAACAAUGGGAUCUGCAACUGUUGAAGUUGCUCAUUCUCAAGCAGUUCAGAGUUCAGACUUGCCUAUGAUCGAGACUUCUGGCAAAAAUAACCCUGAUCAGAUCAUAUUUCCUCCAGAAACUUCUGCUGAUCUUUCCACUGAUGAUAGCUUUCUGCGAGUUCCCAAGACAAAUUGGCUGGAACAAUCUGAGGAACUCUUAGGAUUGAUUGUCAAUUCACUGAGAGCUCUAGACAAUCCUGCACCUCAAGGAUGCCUUGAACCUAGGAGACAUCCUCAAUCUGUGCAGAAGAUUGCAAUUGUGCUGGAUAAAGCUCCUAAGCAUCUUCUGCAUGAUCUGGUUGCCCUGGUGCCUAAGUUGGUGGAUUAUUCAGAGCAUUCGCUCGCUGCUUAUGCGCUUCUAGAUUUUCUUCAGAAGUCAGAUGCGGAGCCUUCACUACUAAGUCCGGUUUUUGGUGCUCUGAGUCAAUUGGAGUUUGGCUGUGAUGUUUGGGAACAUCUAUUAUUUCAAGCGCUUGAGAUUCUAACAGAUUCUCAUGAUGAAUCCCUUGUGGCAGUGAUUUCCUUUGUUUUUAAAGCUGCAGCUCGGUGUCAGCAUUUUCCUCAGGCUGUCAGAGCUGUACGUUCUAGGCUGCAAAGUCUUGGCACCGAUGUCGCAACCUGUGUGCUGGAUGUUUUAACGACAACCAUGCAUACUUCAACAGAUAUCGCGGCACUAUUUUUAAGAGAAAUCGACUCUGAUUGUGAACCUGAUGGAAGCUGCCCGGCCACAACUUGUGGACAUUUUUCCCACGGUGUUAAUGGACUUCCCACAGAACCUACAGAUGAAAGUCAGGAACGUAUUAUAGAUGGGUGCCUGCAUAUCUGUGAUGUUUACAUAUUGGUUGAGAUGUUAUCUGUCUCUAAUCUGUUUGCUGAAACUUCAGAGGUUUUUGAAAAAGCUUUGCUUAAAGGGGCUAUUGGACUCCAAUCAAUUGCCAUGGUUUUAGAAAAGCGUCAUUCUCACAAGUUAGAUGUUAGAUCUAAGCUUUCUGCCGAUGAUCCGAAUGACAAGCAAGUUCUAGUCGGUGGAAAUGACGAGCAAUUUUCAUUCCAUGAGGAUGAUUUUUCAUCAAUUCUUUCGCUCGGUGGAGUAUUAUCUGUGUCUCGACAUCCCAGAGUUCAGGAUUUUGUGAGGAUGCUGUAUGCAAUAAUGUUUAAAAUAUACUCUGAAGAGCACUACAAACUUAGGAUGUUGAAAGGACUUGUUGAUCGUGCAGCUAAUAAUACAUCAGAGAGCUGCGAAGGAUUUGAUAUUGAUAUGGAUGUUUUGGUUUUCCUUGUGAGGGAGGAAGAAGGGAUUGCUCGACUUGUUCUUAACAUGAUGCGUGAAGUUUCUCAGCUUGCACAGGUUGAUCGUGCUUCGCUUUGGCACCAGUUGUGUGCCACGGAGGAUGAGCUUAUUCAUUCACGAGAAGGAUGGAAAGUCGAACAUGAUAAAUUGGUUAGGGAGAAGGCUGAUUUGGUUCAUAGUUUAAAGGAGUCUGAGGCGACUAAUUCCAUCCUUAAGAUUGAAAUGAAAGGUGAAUUGGAUCGCUUUUCUUGGAAAAAGAAAGAACUCACUGAACAGAUACUUGAUGUUGAAAAUCAACUUGAAUGGACCAGAUCAGAAAAAGAUGAGGAAAUAAAGAAGUUGUCUGCUGAACGGAGAGUCCUUCAGGAUCGCCUUCAUGAAGCAGAGAUACAACUUUCACAGUUGAAAUCUAGGAAACGGGAUGAGCUGAAGAGGGUUCUUAAGGAAAAGAAUGCAUUAGCUGAAAGAUUGAAGAAUGCAGAAGCUGCUCGAAAAAGGUUUGAUGAAGAACUAAAACGGUAUGCCACAGAGACAAUUAGUCGUGAGGAAGUCAGGCAAUCUCUUGAAGAUGAAGUUCGGAGAUUAACGGAGACAGUAGGACAAAGUGAAGGAGAAAAGAGGGAGAAAGAGGCACAAGUCACUCGAUGUGAAGCUUACAUCGAUGGAAUGGAGGCCAAAUUGCAGGCGUGCCGGCAAUACAUCCAAUCCCUCGAAGCUUCCGUUCGAGAAGAAAUGACACGACAUGCCCCACUUUACGGCGUGGGCGUCGAAGCCUUGUCAACCCCCGAGCUCGAGACGCUCGCUCGCAUACAUCAGGAUGGUUUGCUGCAGAUACAUUCGCUCCAGCAGCAGCGCAAAAGCAGCGGAAACUCGCUCGUAAGUGAUCACACACUCCCACAUCUCCACGGACUAUAUUCUGCACCGCCCCAACCGACCAUCGGCCUCCCUCCUUCGGUCGUUCCGAACGGCAUUGGGGUGCACGGAAAUGGUCACAUGAACGGUGCUGUCGGCCCAUGGUUCAAUAAUGCGACAUAGAAGAGGUAACUCGUGAAUUCAGCAUCCUCAUUUUCAUGGCUUAUAUAUAUAUAUAUAUAUAUAUUUCUUUAAUCGGUCGCCAACAUGAUUAUUGUGAUGGUUUUACAUUUGCAUCCCCUGCAAGGCAUUCCAGGUGGUCAUCUGAGCUGGUAGAACUGUGGGAUUUUAAGUAGAUUUCAAUGAAUUUGUGCCAUAUAAAUAAGUUAAAGAAGAUAGGAACUGGAGAGAUUCAAUAGUAUUGUAAUAGUUUUUUUUAGGGUAUGAAGAAAAUCCAAUAGAGCUAUCAGUUGAGAAUGAAAGCAAUGGUAAUUGACAGGUUAUCACAUAACUGGGGAUAGAAUUUUAUUUGUUGGUGAAGAAAUGAAGAUGCAAUUAUACUCAUUAUUUCAUGAUUUUCAG